AUGCAUAUACUCAUGUUGUUGCUGCUGCAGCAGCAUGUUGCUGCUGCAGCAGCAUGUUGCUGCUGCAGCAGCAACAUGCUGCUGCAAAAACAGAAAGAAACAGCCGCUCCAGCAGGCAGCAUCCUACAAUCCCAAGCAGUUGCAGUAGCAGCAAUAGUAGCAGCAGUAGUAGCAGCAGCAGCAGCUGCAGCAGAAUGGACAGCUUACGGGAAUCGCCGCGGUGGGGAUCGAGAAGAGGACUCCGGGGAUCGUCUCCAGGAGCGCAUUUCUCCUCUUCUGGGUGAGGGGGAUCGUCUCCUUACAUUUAGAGAGGGGCUUCUGCCUCUCUUUAGAGGUAGAGGCUCCCCCAUAGGGGCCCCCCUUCCCCUCCCUGGAGGUGAGAUCGAACGAUCCCGACCAGCAGGAUAUGCAUGCGGCGGUGGGCCCCCUCUUCGAGGUGAGGGGCCCUUCAGGUACGGGAGGGGCCCCCUAUGCCCUCGCGACGCAGGGGAGGCCCCUGGGGGUCCCCAUUCCGGCGAGGAGCGCCCUCCAGGGCCCCUAGGAGGCCCCCCAGGGGAUCGGGAUCGUCUCCUUCGUGCAGGCGAAGGAGACGGCUGGUUACGCCGGUAUGCAGGAGAAGGAGAGCGGCUACUGCUGCCGCGGGGCCCCUUGCGGGCCCCCCUGCUUGCUUGGGGCCUCCUUGGUGAUGCAGGGGACUGGGAAUGCCCCUUCAGAGACUGCGAUCGUCUCCCUUGGCUCCAUGGGGAUCGGGAUCGUCUCCUCCGGGGAGGCGAGGCCGAUGCUGACGCGUCGUGGUGGCGCUUAGGAGACAAACUGCCCCUCCGCCUACUGCGCGCAGCAGCAGCAGCUGCAGCUGCUCCUACACCUCCUCCUACUGAGUCUCGCUCACGGGCUCCACCGCUGCUGCGGGAUCGGGAACGAGAGCGAGGCGCCCCCCUCAGACGCCCUGCUGCUGCUCCCGCUCCUGCUCCUGCUGCUGCGGCCCCUACACGGGGUGGGGAUCGACUUUGGGAUCGAGCCCGUUUGUCUCCUGGAGACCCUGAAGGGCGUCUGUGGGCGGGGACCGUCUUCGUGGGGACUGGGAUCGUCUUUGCUGCAGCGGGGAUCGUCUUCUCGGAGAUGGGGAUCGUCCUCUCUCCUGCGGUGGGGAUCGUCUCUUCGGGGACUCGGAUCGUCUCCCUUGCCCUGGGGAUCCUCUAUGCUGCAGCGGGGAUCGUCUUUGUUCCGGGGAGAAGGAUCGCCUCUUGGGCGGGGAUCGCCGCCUUGGUUGCGGGGAUCGUCCCCUAG